AGUGUGAUCAGGAAUGCUAAAUGCCAGCGUAUUCAGAAUAAAUACAGCACUCAACCUUCAGCUUCGUUAUCAAGGGGACAGCUGCUUUUCAGCAAGAAUAAUUUUGUCACCUAGGAAAAAUGACUUAUCAUUAGCGAGUUUUUUUCCCCAGUGGAAAUUGCAGUUUGACACCACUGUUGUUCAACUUGGUUUUGUCUUGGUGACUGGCAGUAGAAGCAAGUCCCCAGAAGAAACAUAAAAGUUUUUAGACAGACUUUUGCAAAAUACCUAUUCCUAAUGCCUCUGGGUUGGUUAGGUUUGUUUUACUUUAUGCUUUCUCAUUUAUUAAAAACCUUGCAGGUCUUCUGUAAUUAACACUGGAUGCAGUGAAGUAAUCAGAUGUAGUAUUGUGAGUUGUAACUGCUCUAAAUGUUUUGGUAAAAAAAUCACUCAAAAAAGUUGUAGUGUUUUGUAUGUGGCAACAUAAGCCAUUUUUUUUUGCACAAGACCUAAAAAAUUGAAAUUUCAUCUGCUCCCAGAAUAUAUUGCAAGAUGAUACCUCUUUCGCAAUCAUCUCAGUUGCUGACCUGUUUCCAUAUACAGAUUUUUUCAUUCUUUUUAGUGAUUUUGUAUGUGUUCUAAUACUUGCAAGUUAAAAUUGUUUCCAUGUGCCUGUAAGGGAGCAAAAAUGACAGUUAGUCCAUCAUGAACCUUUUGGUUUUCCUUCUGCAGUCAUAGUUCUAUAGGUAUUAAUUAUGCUGUCAUUGCAUCCCACUAGUUUGUGUACAUGAGACUGCCAUUGCUUUUCACAUUUAUUCACUUCCAAGGGUUUGGUGCUGUCUGCCAGCAAAGUUGGAUACUACAUAUCGGAAUUCGGAGGAAGGAGUAAUGGGCUGGAAGGUUAGAGGAGAAUGUGGUGAAAUCAGCUGUGAGGGUAAGGUGAUGCUAGAAGUUGCAAGAUGCACUGUCUUUAAAAGAGAGUGUGGGAUAUUUGAUGACAGUUUACAGGUUCUGUGGUUCUGCCUGUGGGCUGAAAGCUGGUGCAGCCAACAGCUCUUCAGGCCUCCUCAUGAAUUGGGAAGCACUGGUUCUCUGGAGUGCUGUUUAGGAAUCUCCAGACUUGCUUUUUGUCACAUCUAAGGACUGAUCCAGACCAGCCUUCUGUAGCCUGACAGCCUGUGCUCUGAAUUGCUGACAGGACAGCACCCACAGCAGCUCUGGUGGGUGUUCCUUUUGUGUGUGUGCGUGAAUGUGUUUUCAUUAAAAUACUCCCUACAAGUCUUGCUUCGUGUAUGCUAGGACAAGAUUUGGGGAAGGUAGAUGAAUUCCAGGUGUCCUCUCCAAGGUUUAAAGAGGACAUUUUAAGUCAGUUUGUGGCACCAUUUAGUGUCUUGCAUCUGCAAACUCUGUAAAAAGAGGGAAAUUGUUGCUGUCCUGGUGUGACCUGUGUGUUUUACUGUGACUGCAUCUCCCUGGGGGAGGGAUCUUACCUGCACAAGUAUGUGGUGCUUGAACUCUUAAAUUUCAAAUUUGAAUUGCUGACUUGCAAAGCCUUUUUCCUGCAUUUCAACUCCCUAAUGGUUUGCUUACAUCGCAUCCGUCUAUUAGAGUCCCAGUAGGUCCUUUCUGCAGAUGGAAAUGGGAAUCUCUGCCACUGAGGGUUUACAGUCCAGCAAAGUUCAUGCUUGUCAGUGAGCAUUUGCAAAAAUGAAGGACAGGAGGAUUUGGAAGGAUGUAAUUUCCUUCGCUGCUUAGCAGGGUCUGACUUAAUUUCCAUUUUCAAACUUUGCUUGAGGUAAGAUUAAGGCUGUAGACAAGUCUAGGAAGGCUUAACCUAUUUAAAUAAUACAGUUGAUGGUUGAAAUGUUAAUGCAGAAUGGCUUUAGGAGGGGAUUCAGUUUUGUGAGUGGACCCUGAGAUCUUCCCCCUGCCUGCGGCUCCUUUGGUGGGGUGGAAUGUCACCCCAGCCCCUUCCCAUUGGCCCAGUGUGUUUGUCCAGGUGUCUGCCUCUUCCAUAAAAGCCUGGAAUCAUCAGACCUUGCACACAUUCCUCAAGUGCUGUGGCAAAGAAUAAUGACACAACGUGUUUAUUUAGUGGUUUUACUUUUGUGUCUCAGCUUAAUGUGUCCUCUUGCAACUGGAAUUUUUAUGGACAAGCUUUCCAGCAAGAAGCUGUGUGCUGAUGAUGACUGUGUCUACACUAUUUCCCUCGCCAGAGCAGAAGAGGAUUAUAAUGCUUCAGACUGCAGAUUCAUCAAUAUUAGAAAAGGGCAGUUGAUCUAUGUUUACUCAAAACUAGUGAAAGAAAAAGACUCUGGAGAAUUCUGGGCUGGAAGUGUUUAUGGAGAACAGUAUGAAGACCAUAUGGGGACAGUUGGUUAUUUCCCUAGGAGUUUAGUCUCAGAGCAACAUGUCUAUCAAGAAGCAAAUAAGACUGUUCCUACAACGGACAUUGAUUUCUUCUGUGAAUAGCACUGAAAGCAGUCAGGCAAUCUUUCAGCUGCUACCAGGGAAAGCUGCUGGGAGGAAACCGGGGCACCCUCCCUGCACACAGAGUUCUGCCCAUAAUAGAUGUUUGUGGAACAAGUAAUCUUUCUCCAAAAUAAUAAAAUUUUCAUUUAAAGAGAGUGAUUUGGGAUAGGGACCCAGUCCCACAUAGGAUUUGUUCUUUAGAAAUUUUUUUACCCGCAUAUGCUUUGCUACUUGUUAAUAAAGAUGAUAGCCUUUG